AUGCUGACGUAUCCUAAUUUACAGCUCACGUGUGCUACAGCAUAUGAAAAGCAUACUUCACUUAGUGAACAACAAUGUCGUAACCUUUGUUUGCAAAAGUCAAUCCAAACGUGCCAGUACCAACGAAUUAAGUCAGCAGAGAAGUUUUUUUAA